AUGAAUACUGAAGUAACUAUAGGAAGUGGUCAAAUACAGUUGUGGCAGUUUCUUCUCGAACUGCUUUCUGAUACACACAGUAAUGCACACUGUAUCACCUGGGAAGGUCAAAAUGGAGAAUUCAAAUUGCUAGAUCCGGAUGAAGUGGCUAGGAAAUGGGGUGAACGGAAAAGCAAACCAAAUAUGAAUUAUGACAAAUUGAGCCGUGCUCUACGAUAUUACUACGAUAAAAACAUUAUGACAAAGGUUCAUGGCAAACGCUAUGCAUACAGAUUUGAUUUUAAUGGUUUAGCGCAAGCUUGCCAAAGUAAUUCUAAUGCUGAAUACUUGCCAGCAGUUGCAACAUCAGUGCAACAUUACCGGCAUUCACUGACAAAUUAUGCUUCUCCUCAAUUCUUCUUCCAACACUAUCAUCAUACUAUGCCGAAGAUGUGUUCUACAGGUGCAACACAAACGCCUCUGAUUCAUCCAGUAGUCUCAGAUAGUAGGCGAGUACCGGCAAAUUUCAUUAGACCAAAUUGGCCUGGGACAAUCUCGAGUAGUAGUUAUGUCUAUACAUCACCGGGAAUUUAUUGUGGAACUCAGCCAAGGCCUUUCAGCCAUUUCUUGUCAUGA